AUGGCUCAAACAAAGAACAGACCGCCCGCAAAACGCUCCCGCGCCGCCCGCCGCGCAACAUCCCCCUCCAUCAACACCGACAAGUCCCUCAAAGACGUCUCCCUCCCCGCCUCCAACUCGAAAUCCUCCUCCUCAGAAGCCUUCCGCCCCUCCGUCCUCGCCGCCCGCCACAACGCAGGCGUGACCAAGAAGUCCAAGCGCGGCCGCCAGCUCACCGCGCGGGGCCGCCGGCGCCAGGAGAAGGGCCUCGAGAUGGCCGAGGCCUUUGUCGAGCGCACGAGCAAGAAGCUCGAGAAGAGCAUCGGCAAGGCCAAGGUCGUGCAGGCGCGGGCCAAGAAGUGGGACGACAUCAACAAGUCUGCGGAGGAGAGCAGGAGUAAUGCGUUCGAGGUGCUGCGGCAGGCCAUUGGAGAGGAUGAUGACGAGAAGGAGGGAGAGACGAAGAUGGAGGAGUGGGAAACGGAUGACGAGAUUGAUGGGGAGAAUACUGCUGGUGCCGUUGCUGAAUCUGCUGCGCCGGUGGUCGACGAAGAUGAUGAUGUGAUUUUGUAA